AAGAAAGAUAAAGAACGUGCAAAACGUAAAAACAAUGCAAGACAAUUAUCAACAAUCCUACGUAGUCUUGGUGAUGAAUAUACAGAAGAGGGUAAAUAUAAUGAGGCACUUGAUGAAUAUAAUGAAUUACUUGAUGUAUGUGAAACCUUGGAUGACGCAUUAAGCAUAGCUGUUGCACAUAGAAUGAUUGGUGAAACAUUAAUGUCACUUGGUGACUAUGCUAAUGCACUUGACCAUCAAAAAAACUAUUUAAAAGGUGUUAAAGAUACAAAUAAUUUACUUGAACAACAACGUGCAUUUGCAACACUUGGUAGAACUCAAUUUUGUUUGGGUGAAUCAUUAACAGAUGCUAAUGAUUUAACAAAAAAAAUUGAAGUACUUAAUAAUGCCAAAAGAUCAUAUGCAAAAAGUUUAGAAUUAUGCAAUAAAUUAGAAAGAAAUAAUAGUAUUAAACUAGAAGAAAUAAUGAUCAUGAGAAGUAGAUUGUUUUUAAAUCUUGGAUUAGUAUAUGAAGCUAAAAAAGAACCAAAAAAUGCAAUUGAGCUUAUUGAAAAAGCAGCACAAUUAUGUGAACAACAUAAUUUAAGUGAUGAUCUUUAUCGUAGUCACAUUGCACUUGGUGGUAUAUAUGAACGUAUGAAUAAUAACCAAUUAGCACAGUGUCAUUAUGAAGAAGCAUCAAAAGUUAGUGAUCCUGGUUUAAAAGCACUUGCCAAGCUAGCAUGUGCUGAAUAUUUUAUUAAAGUUGGUAAAUUUAUUGAUGCUAGAGAAAUUUUAGUUAAAUUAUAUGUGCAUCAUAAUGAUGAUACAAUUAUAACAACAUCAAAAAAAUUAUUAAAAAUUAUUGUUGUUAUUGAAAAGUGUGAAGAAAUGUUACAAAAUGAAUUUCAUAAUAAUAAACGUCUUGAAAUUUAUGAAAAAGCUGGUGAUGCUGCAAUUGCUGGACAAUCAUUAAAAAAAGCUAUUGAAUAUUAUCGUUCAAUGUUGUCAUGUGCAAGAACAGCUGAAUCAACAAGUAAAAUAAGUGCUGCACUUGUUAGUUUAGCACAAACAUUAAAAGACACUGAACAGUAUGAUGAAGCAUUAUUAUAUGCAAAAGAAGAAUUAAAAAUUUGUAAAGAUCCAAAUGAAAUAUCACGUUCAGCAUUAUUUCUUGCUGAAUUAUUAUCACAUACUGAUUCAUCAAAUGAAGAAAUUAUUUCUACACUUGAAAUUGCAUUGGAUAAUGCUAAUAAAUCAGAUAAACCACUUUUAAAAUUAGAUGUUCUCAAAGAAAUGCGUGAAUUUUAUCAUAAAAAUAAUAAUAAAAAAAAAUAUAAAGAAAUUGAUAAAGAAAUUGAAAAUAUUAGUGAAAAUUUAUCAAUUAUAUCAACUCAAGAUGAAGAACAAGAUGAAAUUGGUGAUGAUAUUAAUUUAAGUGAUUUAUCUGAUAUUGAAGAUGAAAUAAUAAAAAGAGAUGGUGAUAAAAGCAAAAUUAAACGUCAACCAAAACGUAAUAGUAAUAUACAAAUUAAAAGAAAUCUUAAAGGUGAAACACAAUUACAAACAGCAUGUAUUGAUGGUGAUAUUGAUAAAGUUAAAGAAUAUCUUGCAGCAAAACAUCCAGUAAAUGUACGUGAUAAUUGUGGCUGGACACCACUUCAUGAAGCAACAAAUUUUGGUUACGUUGAUAUUGUUAAAUUAUUAAUAAAACAUGGAGCAGAUGUUAAUGAUCCUGGUGGUGCACAGUGUGGAGGUAUAACACCAUUACAUGAUGCUGCAGCAUGUGGGCAUACAAUUAUGAUUAAUUUACUCAUGGAAAAUGGUGCUGAUCCAAGAUUGGUAACACAUAAAGGUGAAACUGUAUUGGAUUGUCUUGUUGCUUGGCGUGAAAGAGUUGAAAAUUUAUCACAAUAUGAUGAAAAUGAAUACAAAAAAAUAUGUGAUAAGCUGAGAUUAAUAUUACCAUCAAAAUCAUUAAAGAAUAAAAAAUCUAAUGAUAAUGAAUUGGCUGUAGCACAACCAAGAUUAUUUCCAUCAAUUAUUGAUCAUGAAGAUCCAGAUGAUGAUUUAAGAUUAUCAAAUGAUGAUGAGCCAGUUGAUAAAGAAGGUAAAUUUGCUAGAAAAGUUUAUAAACGAGCUAUAGAAUCAAUGAAACAUCCAUUAAGAAGUAAUCAAAUAAUUUGUAAUAAUUCAAAAACAAUAUCACAACCACCACCAUUAAUUGACAGUGAAGAAGUACUUAUUGAUGAAUGGCUUGAAGAUGAUAUUGGUAAUCAACCAUCAACAUCAACAUCAGCAGUAUUAUAUAAAAAAAGAAGAAGUAGUAAUGGUCUUGGUAGUUGUAUUACACCUGAAUCAACUAAAAAAAUAUUAACAUCAUCAUCAUCAAAUUCAUCAGCUAAAAAAACACCAACCUCAGCCAAAAGAAGAACAAAUAAUUUUUCACCAAUUGAUGACAUUAAUGCAAAACGUCAAAAAAUAAAUGAUGAUUUAUUAGCAGAUGUUUUAUUAAUUGACAGUGAAGAUAGCCAAUCAAGUACACUAUCUGAAGAUCUAUUUCAAACAUCACCAUUUUCUAAAAAACAUAAAAAAUCUAAACAAAAAUCAUUAUUUACAAAUGGCUUUACUAAAAAUACAAUAUUAAAAUCAAGAUCACCAUCACCAGUAUCAAUUGUCACAACUGGACAAAAUUAUCAACGUCGUUCAACAGAUACAAUUAAAAUUCAAAUAACAAUUAAUGAUAGAAUAUACAAUUUAAAACUACGUUCAUCAGAACAAAACAAGACACUUGUUUUAAAUAUACAAAAUGAUAUUAAUGAUAAAUUUGAACUAGAUACUGGUUGCAGUGGUAAAAUAAUAUUAACAACAUUAUCUGGUGAUGAUUUAACUGCUGACAAUAUAUUAAAUGUCAUAUUUUCAAGUGAUGGUGUUGUUAAACUUAUUGGUAAUGUUGAUGAUUUAAAAAUUCCAACAUUAACUGAACGUUAUAAAAAAAUAUAUGAUGAUAUUGAUGGUAUACCAGAGACAAUGUUAAAAUCAUUAAAAAGUUGUGAAAAUACAUCGACAUUUCGUUUGAGAAAUAGUAAUAAUUUUGAUAAAGAAAUAAUAACGUUACUUAAAAGUUUAGAGUACGAAAAAAAUAUUCAAGUAUUGUAUUUAUCAUCUGGUAGUUUAUUUAAUAUUGGUAAUUAUUUAGGACAAACACUUGUUAAUUUAUCAUCACUACAAGAGUUACAUUUACAAUGUUGUGAUAUUGAUUAUAAUUGUUUAUCAUAUAUUUAUUCAUUGCCAUUAUCAAUGCGUGUUUUAGAUCUCAGUUAUAAUCCACUUGGUCGUGAAAGUCAAGAUAAACUUGUUGAUUUGAUAACACCAUUAAGAAAUUUACAAACUUUAAAUCUUUGUUGUUGUAAAAUUGAUAAAUUUCCAGUUAGUGCUAUUAGUUGUAGUAUUCUAAAUCUUGAUAUAUCAAAUAAUACAAUUGAUGAUGAAAGUGUUGAUGGUUAUUUACAACGACAAAUGAUUAAUUUAAAUUUAUCAAAUAUUUAUUGGAAAAAUAAAACAAUUGGUACACUUGUAUUAUCAACAACAAACGAUCGAAUAUUUAUGAAUCUUGAUAUUCUUGAAUUAUCUGGAUGUAAACUGACAAAUUUUGAUGUUAAAUAUAUCAUUAAAAAAUGUCAUAAUAUAACUAAAAUUAAUAUUUCAAAUAAUCAGGAUAUAAAUGAUGAUGCUGUUGGUGAAUUGUUAAGUAAAAAACCAACUUUAUCUCUGAUUGAUGUUACUGGUUGUACUAUUAUUAAUAAUAAUCCUGGUGAUGAUGUUAUAAUUGAUAAACCACAAGUGUGUACAUUAAAAGUUUCAAUGUCAAAAGAUGUUAUUGAUUACUGGAAAUUUCUUUGGCUUGGACAGGCCUCAAUUUAUCAUUUAUCUGAUUCAACAUAUUUUUUUGAACCGUCAUUAGAAUAACUUAUUUUUUUAAACUUGUACCUUUAUAAAUUAUUUGAUUUUUUUA